AUGAAUUAUUAUUGCAAAACAAAAAUUAUAAUAAAAGUUCUAGGAGCGGGUCAAACAGUUGGUAGAUCAUGUGUUAUAGUAGAAUUGGAGAAUAGAAAAGUUAUGUUUGAUUGUGGUUGUCAUUUAGGUUAUAAAGAUGAGAGAAAAUACCCAAACUUUAAUUUAUUAAUAAGCGAUGAUAAAUAUGAAAAAAAAUUUGAGGAAGGAAAUUGUUAUGAAAACUUAAAUAGUGAAGUAAAUAUAAGUAUAGUAAAUAGUAGCAUUUCGGAUAAAGAAAAAUUAAUAAAUAAAUUAAAAAAAAUUAAUGAAAUAAUUGAUUGUGUAAUUAUAAGCCAUUUUCAUAUGGAUCACAUAGGAGCACUACCUUUUUUCACAGAAAUAUUAAAAUAUAGGGGAAUCAUAAUAAUGAGUUAUCCUACUAAAGCAUUGAGCCCAAUUUUAUUGUUAGAUAGCUGUAGAGUUGCAGAUAUGAAAUGGGAAAAAAAAAAUUUCGAAAGACAAAUAAAAAUGCUUAAUGAAAAAUCAGAUGAAUUAUUAAAUUAUAAUGUAAAUUGUUUAAAAAAAGAUCCAUGGAAUAUUAACGAAGAUAAUAUAUAUAAUUGUAUUAAUAAAGUUAUAGGAUUGCAAAUUAACGAAACCUAUGAAUUAGGAAAUAUGUCAAUUACUCCUUAUUAUGCUGGGCACGUUUUAGGUGCUUGUAUAUUUAAAAUUGAAGUAAAUAAUUUUAGUGUCAUAUAUACAGGAGAUUAUAAUACAGUACCUGAUAAACAUUUAGGUAGCGCAAAAAUACCAUCAUUGUCUCCUGAAAUUUUCAUAUCUGAAUCAACAUAUGCCACAUAUAUUAGGCCUACUAGGAAAUCAUCAGAAUUAGAAUUGUGUAAUCUAGUUCAUGAAUGUGUUAAUAAAGGAGGUAAAGUUUUAAUUCCAGUUUUUGCUAUAGGAAGAGCCCAAGAAUUAUCUAUAUUAUUAGAUGACUAUUGGAAAAAAAUGAAAAUUAAUUAUCCCAUAUACUUUGGAUGUGGUUUAACAGAAAAUGCAAAUAAAUAUUAUAAGAUAUAUUCUUCUUGGAUUAAUAGCAGCUGUAUAUCUACAAAAAAAAAAAAUUUAUUUGAUUUUACAAACAUAUUUCCAUUUAUGAAUAAUUAUUUAAAUGAAAAUAGGCCUAUGGUUUUAUUUGCUACUCCAGGAAUGUUGCAUACAGGAUUAUCUUUAAAAGCUUUUAAAUGCUGGGCAAACAAUGCAAAAAAUUUAAUAAUAUUACCUGGGUAUUGUGUACAAGGUACUGUUGGUCACAAAUUAAUAAUGGGAGAAAGAAAAAUUUCAGUAGAUGCAAAUACAUAUGUUAAUGUUUCAUGUAAAGUUAUUUAUUUGUCUUUUUCAGCUCAUGCUGAUUCUAAUGGUAUACAACAACUUAUAAAACACGUAUUACCUCAAAAUGUCAUUUUUGUACAUGGUGAAAAAAAUGGAAUGGAAAAAUUAUCAAAACAUAUCACUAAUCAACACUUCGUUAAUUCUAUAUGCCCUUCUCUUGGGCAGAAAUGUGAAUUUAAUUUUUAUAAAGAAAAUAUAAACUUUGUUUAUAUGCAUUAUAAUUUAUAUAAAAAAGUACUUCAAAAUUUAAAAAUAAAUAAAGAAGAAAAUAAUACAUUGUUAAAAGAUGAAAAAAUUUUAGAUAAAGAAGAUUUCAGAUUAUCAUCUUAUAAUGAUAAUAUGACUAUUCCUUUUAAUUCUUAUAUAUUUUAUUGUACGAUUAAUCAAAAACCUUUCCUUUUCUUUUUUUCAAAAAAAGCAUUAAUAUCAUAUUUAAAAAAAAAGUCUUUUCCAAUUUUUAUAUAUCAUAAAAACCAAAUAAUUAAUUCAAAAAACAUUUUUCAUCAAAGUGAAAAAGAGAGCAUCCUUACAAAACUUAAACAGAAGAAAAAGAAAAAGAAAAGCACAAAUAUGAAGAAUGCAAAAUCAUGUAAAGUUAAAAAAAACAUUGAUAAAUCUUCUAGUAUGAAAACACAUACAUUAAGAAAGGACAAAAAUAAUAAUUCUGUGGAUAAUAAUAAUUCUCCAAUUAUAAACUCUAUUAAUCUUAAAAAUGAUGUAAUAUCAAAAAAUACAAUAAAUGAAAAGAAUGAAAACACUCUUGAUUCACCUACCCGUUCAUAUAAAAGUGAUUAUGAAGAAACCUCAGAAAAAAAUUAUUCUGAAGUUAAUAAUAAAAAAUUGAUAAAAAAAGAAAUUAUGAAAAAAAAUAUAGAAUUAGCUGGUAAUUAUUUAAAUUCUUUGAACAAAUGUUCAUUUACAUCCGGUAAUGAAAAAAAUCUAACUAAAAUUUAUCCUGAUGAUCCAACUUCAUUAAAUUUUUCAAAUAACAACGUUUCCUUAUAUAAAAACGAUUUAAUCGAUAAUACUAAUGAUAAUAAUGAAAGCAUAAGAAAUAAAAAAAUUAACAAUAAUAAUAGGGAAAAUAAAAUUAAAAAUGAUAACGAUGAUAGUAUUAACAGUUAUAAUGAAGAGAUUAAUAAUGUGAAGUUUAGUGAUGAAUAUGAGAAUACAUUUGAUAAGGAUGAUUUUAAUGAAGGAAGGGAGAAUUAUAAUUUUGUUCACAAUGAAGAUAAAAUAUAUUUUCCUCUUCUUAAUUUAAGAUUUAAAGAAAAUAUAAAUAUAAGUUAUCAAAGCUUUUACAACUUUGUUAUUACAUUUUUCCAAGAAAUUAUGAAUACUAAAAAUAAAAAAAAAAUUAAUUUUUUAGGAAAAAAAGUUAUUAUUAAAAAUACAAAAUAUAAAGAGAGUUUUUAUUUUUUUUUGUCUUUUCAUUCAUUAAGAGCUAUUCAUGAUGGGAAUGAUUCAUUACUAAUUCAGUGGUCAUAUAUAGAUGAUACACCUGACUCUGUUAUUCAUAAAUUUAUAAAUUCGAUUCACAAAUACAUUCAAGAUACUUAA